UUCUCAGAGUUGCGCAUGCGUGGCGAGUGGGGAGCCGGGUGCCUGGUCUUCAAGCGGAGGGCGUGCAGCGGAGGAAGAUGGAGCGGGCGGCCUGCAGGGACCGGAAGGGAGCCCCCCGCCUUCUCGCCGCCCGCCCCUCCCCUCCGGCCUGUGGUGAAAAAUGGUCAGCAGCUCUAUGAAUGCCCAAUAUGUCAGCUCAUUUGCACAGAUUACCCAGUUUUACAGGAACACGUUGAACUCCAUUUGGAGGAAUGCAGCUUUUUAGAAGGAAGAAACUUGGGUGACUUGGAAUUGGCACAGCAGCUGCAGUACGAGGAAGACAGGCAAAGAAAAGAAGAAACAACAAGACAAGAAAGAGAAGAGUUUCAAAAGCUACAGAAACAAUAUGGUUUGGAUGGCUCUGGGGGAUACAAGCAGCAGUCACUAAAGAACAUGGAAAAGGAUGUAGCUUUGGGAAGAAUGCAACCAUCUGAAUAUCACGUGAAGAAAGUUGAUAUGAUGGAAUCUUUGGCUUUGGGCAUUGAUGAUGGAAAGACAAGGACUUCAGGAAUUAUUGAAGCAUUAUCCCAGUACUACCAGAAUGAAUGUAAAGACAUAAAACAUGUGUGGCUUUCCGCAGGAGUGGAUCACUUCCACUUUUGUUCUGGAGAUAAAGGCUGGGGUUGUGGUUACAGGAAUUUUCAAAUGUUGCUUUCUUCUCUCUUGAGAAACAGUGUCUAUAAAGACUGCUUAAAAGAGAACUCAUCCAUUCCUUGUAUUCCAAAAAUUCAGUCAUUGAUUGAAGAAGCCUGGAAGGAAGGUUUUGAUCCGCAAGGAGCUUCUCAUUUCAACAGCAGAUUACAUGGUACUAGGGCAUGGAUAGGAGCAUGUGAAAUUUAUUCCCUGUUAACUUCUCUAAGGCUAAAGUCUCAAAUCAUUGACUUUCACCAGCCAACUGGCCCUUCAGGAACACAUCCUCGUUUGCUUGAGUGGGUAUUGAAUUAUUAUUCUUCAGAAAAGGAGAACAAUGCAAAAGUAGUGUGUUCCUCCCGGCCACCUAUCUACCUCCAGCACCAAGGCCACAGUCGUACUAUUAUUGGAAUAGAAGAAAGGAAGAACAAGAGCUUGUGUCUACUAAUAUUUGAUCCUGGCUCCCCCUCACAAGAAAUGCAAAAACUCUUAAAAGGCAUUGAUGGGAACAAUCUCAGAUCGCUUCGAAGAUUUGUAGGAAGUUUAAAACAUAAACAGUAUCAAAUAGUAGCCGUAGAUGGCGUGCUGUCAUUGGAGGAGAAAACUGCUUGCAGGAAGGCUUCACAAGUUUUCACAGCUCAGAGGAUUCCUUGAAACCCCAAAGAAUCCCAUUGAAGAAAGUUGCAGAAGAGGUUUCUGGACUGUUUACAUAGGCUCUUGAGCAAUGUACAUGCAAUCUUUUUAAUCAUUUCAAAAUAAAUGUUGGGGGAAAACAAA